AUGUGGAUGCCAAGAACAAUCACGGAAAGGAAGGAUGCCGGUAAUGGCGUGGUGGCGGUGGCAGUUGAUAAGGACAAAACCAGCCAAAACGCCCUCAAAUGGGCUAUCGACAAUGUUCUCCAGAGAGGCCAGACCGUGAUUCUCAUUCAUGUCAAAGUUAAGCAGCAGCCUCAAUCCUCCUCUGCUCCCAGUAAGACGAACCCCCAUUUCAAUUUUGUUCAAUUGAAAACCUCAAACCCUGAUUCACAAACCAGGGAGUUGUUCCUUCCUUUUCGAUGCUUCUGCACUCGUAAAGACAUUCAAUGUCAAGACAUUGUGCUGGAAGAUUCAGAUGUAGCAAAAGCAUUGAUCGAGUAUUCGAAUCAGAUGGCGAUUGAGACCUUAGUAUUGGGAGCCGGCUCCAAAGGGGGCUUGUUCAGAUUCAAGACCACAGACAUACCUGGGGCUGUGUCGAAAGGGGCACCUGAUUUUUGUACAGUGUAUGUUAUAUCCAAAACCAAAAUCCAGUCUGCAAGAUCUGCUUCUCGUCCUGCUCCCCAAAUCUCUCCUUUCCGCAAUGUCUCUAGCCAAUCAAGCAUUAAAUCCAGUUCAUCAGACCAUUCUGUCCCGCCAGCUAGAAGAGCAGGCGAGAGGCCUCCAAUUGAUCCACCACGGAAAUCGAGUAGUGAGAAUUCAGAUUUUUUCAGGUCUCCAUUGACGAGGAAAGGUGCGAAUGUGAAAUCAUAUGGUGAUAUAAACUUGGCCGAAACAGAUAUAUCAUUUGUUAGCUCCGGAAGACCAAGCAUUGAUCGCAUGUUCCCAGCUUUCUAUGAUAGUAACAACAAUCCAGAUGCAGGACGACCACCAAGGCUAUCAAAUCUUUCUGAGCUAGAAAGCGAUCUCAACAGCUUUGAGUCGGCAAUGCAACCUGGUAGGAGAUCACUAGAUAUCACCUCCUCCCCUAGAUUGUCAUCAGUCUCCCAGGAAAAUGAAAGGCUCUCCUCAGUAUCACAAUCCAUGGACGAUGUGGAAGCUGAAAUGAGAAGGUUGAAGCUAGAGCUAAAACAAACAAUGGAAAUGUACAGCACAGCCUGUAAAGAAGCGCUUGUAGCACAGCAGAAGACAAGGGAUCUACAAAUGUGGAAGCUAGAAGAAGAGAGGAGGCUCGAAGAAGCAAGACUAGCUGAGGAAACUGCUUUGGCAAUAGCUGAGAAGGAGAAAGCGAAAACUAAAGCAGCUAUCGAAGCAGCUGAAGCUGCUCAGAGGAUUGCAGAGCUAGAAGCACAGAAGAGAAUCGACGCGGAGAUGAAAGCAAUUAAAGAAUCUGAAGAGAAGAAGAAAGCACUUGACACUAUCAUGCACUCUGAUGUCAGAUACAGAAAGUAUAGCAUUGAGGAUAUUGAAGCUGCCACUGAAAAUUUCUCCAACUCACGCAAAAUUGGAGAAGGAGGUUAUGGUCCUGUCUACAGGUGCAAUCUUGACCAUACACCUGUUGCCAUAAAGGUCCUUCGACCGGACGCUGCUCAAGGAAGGUCCCAGUUUCAGCAGGAGGUUGAGGUGUUGAGUUGCAUUAGGCACCCAAAUAUGGUCCUCCUACUGGGUGCUUGCCCGGACUAUGGAUGCUUGGUGUAUGAGUACAUGGCGAAUGGAAGCCUAGAAGACCGUCUCUUCCGACGAGGCAACACCCCUCCUCUAUCAUGGCAGCAGAGAUUUCGUAUCGCUGCAGAAAUUGGAACCGGCUUAUUAUUCCUCCACCAAACCAAGCCUGAACCCCUUGUCCAUCGAGACCUGAAACCAGGCAACAUUCUCCUUGACCGGAACUUCGUCAGCAAGAUCAGCGACGUCGGUCUGGCUAGGCUGGUCCCGCCUGCGGUGGCAGACAGCGUUACACAGUACCGAAUGACAUCCACCGCGGGAACAUUCUGCUACAUCGAUCCAGAGUACCAGCAGACAGGAAUGCUGGGGAUCAAGUCCGACAUUUACUCCCUCGGGAUCAUGUUCUUGCAGAUAAUCACAGCCAAGCCACCGAUGGGGUUGACCCACCAUGUGGACAGAGCCAUUCAGAGGGACACACUGGUUCAGAUGCUUGAUCCUGCUGUGCCCGAUUGGCCCAUGGAAGAGGCCAAGAAGUUUGCUCAGUUGUCACUGCAGUGCGCCGAGUUGAGAAGGAAGGAUCGGCCUGAUCUGGGGAAGGUGAUCUUGCCUGAACUCAACCGGUUGAGAACUCUUGCCGAGGAGAGUGUGCAGCAGCAACUGCCUUUUUUUGCUGGCAAUACUCCCCUUCAUUCCCCGAGCUCCUCCCAGGUUUCUCUCAAACUAAAUGAACCUGCUUCUGUAUAGAGCGGCUGUGGAAACUGGAAAUGAGCUGAAGUCAUGUACUGUAGACAGCAGCCAUGCCAGACCCCUGAAGAGGCGAAGAUGAAGAUUUGUACAUUGUGAUUCUUUUCUAUAAUUUUCCUCUUUUAAGUAUUUUCAUGGUGUAUAUAGUAGUUGUGGAUUGUGAGUCUUGGGUUGGCUCAAGAAUGAAGAAAGUAGCAACAUGAAAGAUUUUAAGAAUAAAGGAGCAAUUUAUCAGUAUGCUUAAAUUUUGAGGGGCGAAGUGUAAUUUAAAUUUCGUUAUCCGCUCCAAGGUUCUUAGGUCCUUACCGUGUUUGCCAGACCGACCGACUGAGUGAGAGAGAGCUUCUCUGCAACUGCGAAAAUGGAAGCAACUCCCUCCAUUCUUACUUCUUCCGCUGCUUCUUGCUCACCGUCUCCUUCUUCUUCUUCCUAUCCCAUUUGUUCAAUCCCUCACCUCAGAAUCGGUAGUUCCCGGUCAUCAAUUCCCCUCCGCAAAUCACACCUCUUCAGCCCGCUCUCGCUGCUGCUUCCCGUCCCCUCCGCGUCUUCUUCUUCUCUCCGAGCGUCCUCCUUUCAGGUAGUUCAAACUCCCGCCGCCACCGACGCUUCGCCCGACGCCAUGGAUGUCGCGAUGCCCAAGAUUGACAAGAGUGGGAGGUUUUGCAGCCCACGAGCUGCUCGGGAGCUCGCUCUAUUGAUCGUUUAUGCGUCGUGUUUAGAAGGGUCUGACCCAAUUCGACUGUUUGAGAAGCGGAUGAAUGCAAGAAGAGAGCCUGGGUAUGAGUUUGAUAAGUCGUCUCUGUUGGAGUAUAACCACAUGAAUUUCGGAGGACCACCUGUUACAACGGAGACCAUUGAAGAAGCUGAUGAGCUGCUGUGCAUAAAUGACCAUGAAUCCGCCAUUGAAGCUGAAGUCCUUUCAGCGCCUCCGAAGCUGGUAUACAGCAAACUGAUUUUACGUCUAACAAGGAAGCUUUUGGUAGCUGUUGUGGACAAGUGGGAUAGUCAUGUCCGAAUUAUAGACGAAAUAGCUCCUGCGAACUGGAAGAAUGAACCAGCAAGCAAAAUUUUGGAGCUCAGCAUCCUCCAUCUAGCAAUGUCUGAGAUUAUAGUCAUCGGGACAGCACACCAGAUUGUCAUCAACGAGGCUGUAGAUCUUGCUAAAAGGUUCUGCGAUGGCGCAGCCCCACGGAUCAUCAACGGAUGCUUGAGGACAUUCAUGAAGGGUCUUUUUGAAACCGAGUUAGCUCAGGAUGCUUCCUCCACCAAGCAGGAAGUCGUACAACUCGACCGCAGUCUGCUUGGACAAAAGAACGUAUGAACAACGAGUCACGACUACCAUGUUAUAGGAGAAGAAACAACCUAUGGAGAAGGCCUGCUAGCUCCCGGAACCCAUUCCAUCGGAGCUGUAGAAGAAGCAUCAAGUGGCGGGUAUCAAGAGUAUAGUAUAUGAUUUGUUGUUGUUGUUGUUGUUAUUGUUGUGUUAGAUAGUGGAUUUUAGCAGCAAACUAACUUUGUUCGAUGUAUUGUUGUUGGCAAAUGCCUAGAAUGGAUGGUAGACUAAACUAGUUGGUGGUACUUAGGUAAUCAGAGCGUGGAACGGGACUACUUACUGAGAAUGAGUGUGCCACUUGAUUUUACGAUGGAUGUUGCAAAACAAGCAGCUAGGGGUGUGCAAUGGUCCGGUCCGUACCGGAUCACAUUGGACCAAACCGUUGUUAAGACCGGACCGGACCAGACCGAGUAAAAUGCGGUUCGGUUCUUGGUC